AUGCACUCUGAUAUAUCUGUGGAUUUAUGUGUAGAUGCAUCUUGUACUGUCUUUCGAGAGUUCCUCCACGACAAGGUUAAGCCACAAGUUGUUCAUCGUGAUGUCCGUGCAAUGGGAAGAGUCGCUAUAAUUGAGUACAUUGAUGAAACCUGGAAGCAGAACCCAUUACUCCCUCAAGAUCCUUUUGAAAGAGCAAAGUUACGCUUCUGGGGUAAAUUUGCCCACGAAAAGUGCAUGGCAUCAAUGACAAACGCAUUCUCCAAGGUUGGUGAGGAGCAGGAAAAAUGCGUAAAAGAGGCUUGUGAGCAUUUGAAGACCUUAGAAAGUGCACUUGAGGAGGGGAAACGCUUCUUUGGUGGCGAAACAAUUGGAUUUGUAGACAUUGCUGCGGGUGGAUGGGAUGCUGGGCUAGAAUUGUAG